CUUUAUUUCGACCUCCACCUCUUUGUAUCGCGCCGAAAGCCAAAAAGCAACGAAGAAGCGAUCGAUCUAUGUGUAACUGAUACCGACUGCGAUCGCUAGCCGACAUCUGGAUCUACGGAAAAUGGCUUUGGCCACCUUGACAAAGCCGAUCGCAACUGCAAAUGUACUGCGUAGGCCAGCAUGAGACAUCAUGACGCAUUCCAUUUGCUUACUGAGCACAGCUUGUUUUUCCUACUCCGUGAUGGUAUGUAUAUAUCAACAAUUAUGGACAAACCCGCAAUGACUUGAAAUUUCUCCCGCUAUGCUUGCGCAGCUUUCCGACGCGAACGCCAAGCUGAUAUCAAUCCCGACCGCACUUCUCGACACCUUCCAUGCCACUUUGGAGCUCUUCAACGCGACCGCCAUUGCUUCCAACCAAUAUGGCAGGCGAGGAGCGGAAGAAGAAGGUGCUUAUCGUAGGCGCGGGUGCUGCCGGCAUGUCAUGCGCCUACCACCUGUCCAACCAUCCUGAGAAAUUCGACGUCACUGUCAUCGAAGCCGCCAACUACUGCGGCGGUCAAGCCUUCUCCAUCCCCCUUGACAAGCAGAAGCACGGGGCAUCAUGGCUCAACCAGGGCGUUCAAGGUGGUUCUUACAUCUUCCACCACACCAUGACGAUGUUCGCCCGUCAGGGGUACGCUGCCAACCCUGUCAAGCUUCAAGUCUCCUUUGGUAAGGGUGAUAGGUUCUGGACGAACGUAUAUCCCACCAAGCUCCUGGAACGACACCAAAGCGAAGUCAAGCGCUUUUACCGGAUGCUAUCCUUCCUCCGAUGGUUCGAGCUGAUCUUCGCGUUGCUACCCAUCAAAUACCUGAUGAAGCUCUUCUGGUUCAGCUACGAGUUCGCGAACACGGUUGCUCUGCCCAUGGUUGCCCUGUUUCUGGGCACUGGAAACUACACGCCUGACGUACCCACCAUAAUCCUCGAGCGACUGUGCACAAGUCCGACAUAUGGAAUGUGGUAUCCGGCUGAUAAGGAGAGCAUCGCCAGUAACAUGCCACCCAUGAUUGUUUUCCCCAACUUUAGCAAUUUUUACGAGGACUGGCACAAGGAUCUGGUGAAGAGAGGGGUAAACAUUCGAUUGUCUACCGAGGUAACUCAGAUACUGAGUCGCGACAAGAAUGGAGUGGUGGUCAAGACUAUCAAGCGGACCCCAAUGCCGGACAACCAUAACCCUACGAGCGCUUGGGCAACUGAGGAUCCGGUCAUGAACGCUGAUGCCGACGCCGAAGAGACAACCGAACACUAUGACGAGAUUGUAAUCUGCUGCCUCGCCGACACAGCCAAACGCCUCCUUGGCCGAACCGCCUCCCUCCGCGAGCGCCAAGUCCUAGGCUCCGCCAAGUUUUCUGACGACAUCACCAUCACCCACCACGACUCCUCCUACAUGCGCAAGCACUAUGAGAACUUCUUCAACCCAUCCCAAGCCGUCAACUCCCUUUCCGGCGUCGACCACUCCUCUCGUGUCAAGUUCGCCCGCGACAACUUUCGCCCCAUGUACUACAUCAAGCCCUACGACGCCGACCUGACCAAGCUGGAGAUGUGCUUCGACUGCACCAACUACCAGGCCCAGUUCCCGCCCGAGGUUGACUUUGACAACCACGUGUUCCAGACCAUCUACCUCAACAAGCAGCGCGACGGACAUCUCUGGACUGACGACGAGAUCGACGAGUCAAAGAUCAUCCGCAAGGACUGGUGGCAUCAGCUAUGUCACUCCUGGACGCACUACGCUUUUGUGGUGCCCUGGAUGUGGCUUCUCCAAGGAAGAAGGCACACGCGGUUUGCAAGCUCGUGGACGAUGAUCAAUGCGCAUGAGGUGGCAGUCAUGAGCGGGAUUGCGGCCGCGGUCGAUUUGGGGGCGCAGUACCCAGAGGAUCUGGAAAGGGACGGAUUUGCCCUGUUGAGCUUUAGGUUGUAUUACCUGCUGAUAUAUGGACGGUGGUAUAGGAGGAAGGUGAAGAAGGAGGAUAGGAUGGGGGAGGGACAUGAGUGGGCGUCGGGGCUAUAUGGGAGCGUUUACAAGGGGCCAGGUGUGAUAGAGAAGGAAAGAGAGAUGUGGAGGGAGGAGAGGGCCAAGGAUGAAUGAUCAUCGUGAAACGUGAUCCUUUGGAGCUACGAGCGGUGGCGUUGCUGGCUGGUACGACAACGUCUUGGCUACUCUCAGAGGUUGCAUUCACAUCUCAAACCCGAAGAUCGGCAGCCACAUUCGAUCAGAUGCUGCCCGAGUCUUUAGCGACGCUGUUAACUUCAAUACCCUUUCUUCCAGGACUAUGGCCUGAAGCUCAAUUCUUCCUCUCCCUUCUACUUUUACAACCCCGCCGGAAAAGACAAGGUCAUGGAGUACCUAGUUGGCGGCAACUGCUCAAUGCCAGAACAUCUAUUACAGCUACUGGUCGACCUAGGCGCUCGGCUUCAUAUCCGAAAUGGAGAAGGCCACACCCCUCUUGUGCGCUGUCUAUAGAUGCGACAGCCCGCCACCGAAGCUUCGAAGACCAAAGCUACGAAAACCAUCGCUCAUCAGAAGGCUUGGAAUCAGGGCGGGUUGUUUGGGACCAUCAAUCGUUCACCCGCAGACGAUUCGUGCGCUCAUUGAGGCGUGCUAUUGGGUGAACAUCAGGAUGGAAGAGAAGUACACGUGGGGGAAGGAGAAGGCUGACGCUUGAUCGGAUUCUGGAAAUUCGGUCCCCUGGUGGAAGCCUCUUGAAGGAUUCGAAAUAAUGGGACAUUGUGGAAGGAUCUUGUUCGGCACCUUCCGGUACAGCUCAGAGUUGGAGUUUGACGGAAGCAUCAUCUGAGAAGACGGGCCGUCGGAAGUUAAUGGAGAGUGAUUAUCUCAAAAAGUAUCUGUUUAAUCUCAAAGUAUUUCAAUACUUUCC